UGCGGGCCCGGCCCGAACCCUGCGGGCGUUGAGAUGGGAGCGCCUCGCCCGGGGGAGAGCUGAGCCCUCCGCGACCCCAGGCGUGCAGCUGCAGCGGGGGUCACUGGGCUGUGAGAAGAGCUGCGACCCUUAGACCAGGGGCUGUUAACGAGUUCGACCCUUCUUCUGCGAAAUGCGUGGAUUUAGAUGGCACUUGGUCAAUCCAUUUUAGCGUGGUCAGGCACUGGAAUAGGUUACCCGAGAAGGUGGUGGAGUCACCAUCCGUAAGGCGUUUAAAAGACGAUGUGGCCCUGGGUGAUGUGGUUUAGAGGUGUCAGUGGCCGUGCUGGCUUGAUGGUUGGACUGGACGAUAUAAAAGGUCUCUUCCGAACCUGAUGAUUCCAAGAUUCCAGAAUCAGCGUUGUUAACAAGUGUAUCCUCAGCACCUGUACGCACAGAUCCACAUCGCGGGUGCAGGUCGCUUGGCUGACACUUGGCAGUGACAUUCUUUGGGACGCGGGGAGCCAGGAAUGUGCUGAAACAGACACUCUAGAAGGGUGCUAGAGAUACAAGAGCGCCGAGGCGUGCCCAGGAUGGAGCCCGCGGGGCCGGCGGACGGCGAGGACGAGCCCGGGGCCCCGGCGCGGCUGGCGCCCAGCCCGCACAGCGAGGCCGUGGCGCACGAGCUGCGGGGGCUGUCGCUGCAGCCCAGCCCCUGCCUGCCGCCCCUCACCGAGCGCAAGAAUGUACUUCAGCUGAGGCUGCAGCAGAGACGGACACGAGAGCAGCUGGUGGACCAGGGCAUCAUGCCACCUUUGAAAAGUCCAGCUGCAUUCCAUGAGCAGAUAAAGAGCCUGGAGCGAGCCAGGACUGAGAAUUUCUUGAAGCACAAGAUCCGGAGCAGGCCGGACCGCUCGGAGCUGGUCAGAAUGCACAUCCUGGAAGAGACCUUUGCAGAGCCUUCACUACAGGCUACUCAGAUGAAACUGAAGAGAGCUCGGUUGGCAGAUGAUCUGAAUGAGAAGAUUGCUCAGAGACCUGGCCCUAUGGAACUGGUAGAGAAAAAUAUUCUUCCUGUAGACUCCAGUGUUAAAGAAGCCAUUAUAGCAGUUGGACAAGAGAAUUACCCUCAAGCUUUGGAUGAUUUUUCAUUUGAUGAAGACAGCAGUGAUGCUUUAUCACCAGAUCAACCAGCCAGCCAGGAAUCCCAGGGUUCAGCAGCUUCCCCUGGUGAGCCAAAAACAAGUGACUCACCCUCACCUAUAACCCCAAAUGCUGCUACAUCAACACAGUAUCCACCUUUAACCUCUCCAGUUCCUGAAUUCCUCAAAACUCCCUCUACAAUUGAACAGCACGUGACUCGUUCCACUGCUGCAACCACCCUGACCACAAGCACUGCAUCUGCAGCAAAGCCUGGGCCAGCGUUAGUGAAGCAAAGCCACCCAAAGAACCCAAAUGAUAAACAUCGGAGCAAGAAGUGUAAAGAACCUAAGCCAAGGGUGAAAAAAUUGAAGUAUCAUCAGUAUAUUCCACCUGAUCAGAAAGGUGAGAAAAAUGAGCCACAGAUGGACUCCAACUAUGCUCGUCUGCUACAACAGCAGCAACUGUUUUUGCAGCUGCAGAUCCUGAGCCAACAGCAACAACACUACAACUACCAGACAAUUCUACCUGCACUGCUGAAGCCACUGAAUGACAAACAGAGCAACAAUGGGAAUUCACCACUGAAUACUCUGAACAACAACAGUACCCCAACAUCAGCUGCCAGCUCACCAAGACAGAACAGCAGUGUUCCUAGCAGGAAACCAGGUCCUCUACCUUCAAGCUUGGAUGACUUGAAGGUAGCAGAGCUUAAAAUGGAGUUGAAACUGAGGGGAUUACCAGUGUCUGGAACAAAAACAGAUCUUAUUGAGCGUCUGAAAACCUACCAAGAUCUUAACAACAAUGGGGUUGCUACAAGUACCUCUGUCACAGUGACCACUUCUAGUGGGGCCACAGGUAACACUGGGGAAGUGACUGUGGCAUUUCCUGUUACAACAGUAAAUAAACCAGUGGCUAAUACGACAUCCAGCUUCCCUCCAGAAAAAACAUCUACUGAACCUGGCAGCAAAGCAGUAAAUACUGAAAUCAUCAGCUCUCCCCUGCCUAUAUCUCCCUCUCCCUCUGAACAGUCGAGUCUAAGCACAGAUGAUACGAGUAUGGCAGACACUUUCCCAGAAAUGACCAUGAUGUCACCAUCCCAGUUCCUAAGUACUUCACCACUGAGAGCAAGCACAAACGAGGAUAAUCAGAAUCGCAGCAGUGGAAGCAUCUCAACCAUGGAGUAUGAUGUAGCAGAAAAGGACCGCAAGCUUCAAGAAAAAGAAAAACAGAUUGAAGAGCUCAAAAGAAAACUGGAACAAGAGCAAAAACUUGUGGAAGUAUUGAAAAUGCAACUUGAGGUUGAAAAAAGGGGACAACAGCAACAGUCUCAGACUUUUGGUAACUCAGCUGCUUUGGAACAGAAGCAGUUCAGUGCUGCUGUCAAAGAUGAAACUGCUCCUGCUGACUGCUCAAGUACCAGUCAAUCUGUACCUGUAGCCAGCCAUUCCUUAGGACAGUCAGCGUACCCCGCUGGCCAGAAUCCCGUUGCCAAAAAGGCAGUUGUUAUCAAGCAGGAGAUACCUGUGGCCAAAGCUGAACCUCAGAAUGCCAUUUCUCAGUUUUAUGUUAGUCCACAGAGGCAGCCACAAACUGCAGUUGUUGCCCAGCCUCAAGCUCUAUUAACUACCCAAGGAACUGCCCAGCUGCUCCUCCCACUGUCUAUCCAGGCACCAAAUGCUGCCACCACAGUGCAGUUACCAGUUGGAAAUAUCAAGUUGCAGGCUCAAUCACAAGCUGGAAUACAGACCCCAUCACAAAUACCUGCUCCUAUUUCUUCCUCUGGCCUGGUGCAGACAGCACCUCAGAUGCAUGCUCCACAAUCAAAACAAAAAACCAUCACGCAGCACGCACUUGAUCAGACCCAGCAAAUCAGAAAGGUUUUUCCACCUGCCACAUCAAAUGCAGUAUUUUCCUAUCAGACUGCACCAGUUUCAACACCCUCACAGCCUUUUAUUAAUAAAACAUCAAACUCUAACAUUCACCCUGGUGGUAAUCAGGUCCCUUCUGUGCAGAAUGGACCUGCUGCUCCCAACAAGCCUGGGUCUCCAUCUCAAGCCCAGCCUUACAUUGUUCAGCAACCUCUCUUCAACAACACAGUGUCCAAGACAAAAGAUCCUCCUCGUUACGAAGAGGCCAUAAAACAGACCCGCAGUAUUCAGCCAUCACACCGUGAGAUUUCCAGUGCACACAGUCAGCAGAUGGAUGAUCUUUUUGAUAUUCUCAUCAAGAGUGGAGAGAUUUCCCUUCCAAUAAAAGAAGAACCAUCUCCCAUAUCUAAAAUGAGACCAGUAACAGCCAACAUCACUACAAUGCCAGUGAACACAGUGAUAUCCCGUCCACCUCCGCAGAUCCAGAUGGCCCCUCCUCCUGUGUCCUUAGAACCAACAACCAGCUUGUCUAUAAGUUUGGAAAACCAACUUGAAGCCCUCUUGGAUGGAACUUUACCAUCAGGUAAUGAAAUUCCUCAACUGACAAGUAGUAAUGAGGACAGAGAGUCAUUUUCUUUAAUUGAAGACCUCCAGAAUGAUCUGCUUAAUCACUCCAGCAUUUUAGAUCACUCUCAUUCACCCAUGGAAACAUCUGACCCACAGUUUACUGCUAAUAAUUCUUGUCUGUCUCUUGACCUUCCCGAUACAAAUUUGGACAAUAUGGAAUGGCUGGACAUUACAAUGCCCAGCUCCUCAUCUGGACUCACCCCUCUCAGUUCUGCUGCCCCGAGUGUGUUUUCCACUGACUUUUUAGAUCCACAGGAUCUACAGUUGCACUGGGAUUGAGCUAUAGCCAAUGAGAACACGACCUGCAAGUCUCUUUACAGCAGAGGUCCAUAAUUAUACCAUUCUGAUUGCAGUUAGCAUAAACUAAGACAGUAAUGUUUGCAAGAACAAAUGCUUGAAGCUAAUUCCUUACUGAUUUCCAAGUUUACAACAGCGAAUCACUUUAUGCACCUAUCAGUAAUGCAGAUCAGGGCCCUCUGAAAGCUGUAUUUCACAAGUCAAGAAAGGAUGAUUGUACUUCGUGAUUAAAAGUACCCCAAGGUAAAUGUAUCACAAAUAUUUAAGAAAGAAGUUAGGUCUCUGACUUUGUAAUGCUCAAAUGAGCAAAACAACAUGACUAAACUUAGAGUGAGAUGUCAGUUCUCUGUAUUGACCCAGUGAGCAAAUGUCUGGGGGAGGGGAGAUAUCACUGCACUUCAUUGUUCCUGUGGAAAGCCUGAGCCAGGUUCAGAACUAAUUGUGAGGGCAAAGGCAAGUAGAAGCACUGGCUGGUUCAGUGAAAUUUCAUAUAUCUAGUCUCUUAAUUUGUUCAAAUUGUUUUUAUAUUUUGCUUUUGUGGAUUUUAAAACACUUCCCCAUUCUUUAAUCAUGAGGGAGGAAUUUAACUGCAUCCAAAGGGAUAUUAAGUGUAACUGCAAGAAAUCCACUGUAGCUAAUGCCAGGUAAUAUUGAGAACACUGAAUUUUCUAUAGCAAUGCUCUGGAUUUAAUAGCUAGGUUUUAAUGUGUAUAUCAGACAGUUAUUUGUAUACUCUUUUAACUUUAUAUAGCUUAUUUUUGUGAACAGAGGGGAACACAGUGGUCUUCAAACAAGAGAUUAUUAUAAUGGAAGUAAAUAUCCUAUUUUGCUUUGUGUUUGAGGAUAUUUGUUAGAUCAUUGAAUCCAGUAUCUCAGCAUACUAGCAAAGUUUGAGGAAGUAGAAAAGUUCAAUUAAUAGUGUUGUAUACUACAGUCCUGCAAGCAUCUAUGCAAGAAUAGUCCCAAUGCCCUCAAUAAGAGAUGUUUGUAGGACGAGAUCAAGCUGCAGGGGACAGUGCUGACAGGACAACCAUAAUUUCAUAAUGAACACUUUGUCUGUUGAACAGCUUUGUCUGCCACUACAUGACAUCAGGGAAACCAACAGAGAAGCUGCUCAGUGUGAAUCCUAAACACCAGGAUCAGAAUGUACUGUUUGUGAUAAGAAGGCAUAUGCAUAUCUGAAACAAAGAAUAGCAAAAAUUAAGGUCUUACCUCACAGCACAGCAAGUGAAUUUUUUUUGUUUGUUUUAAAGCCCUUAGUUGUUGUUUUCAGAGUCUAUUUUGAAAGCAGUUAGAAAAACAAAAAAUUCAAGUAGAACUAAUAUACUUUGACAUUCUAUGGUUGUCUCUCAGGUAAUAGCUGUUAAAUGUUGCCAUAGAUGAUGGAGGCUAAUAAUCAAACACAAAAUUGGAAUUUCCUAUUAGGGAAUUCCUAAAUUAAGAUAAAAGGAAACACUUCCCGUUUCCUGAAAUGGGGAGAUAGUGUAUGUUUUCUAGUCUGAAAACUGAUUUCAUUGCAUGGUUCUUUCCUCACCAACAAGUUUCAAAAAUACAGUUUUGUAGGAUUGAAUGAAAAAAUGCCCCAAAGCUUUUGCCUACUUCUUAGAAUAAUGAUACGUAUCAAAGAAAUACUGAAAGCAGUAAGUAGCUGUUAAUUCACUUAGCAACCUUCACCACAUUUUUCAAAAAGAAAAACACAACACAAUCAUGUUAACAUCAAACAAAUACUUUUGUCAGAAAAUGUUAUGGAAUUAACUGAAAAUUUGCAUCUCCAGCUAUAAUGCAGUUUGGUUUACUGAUAUGACAGAAUUCCAUUUGCUUCAGAUAAAAUAACGGAUUACAUCAGUGAUUCAGAGUUUGAACUGAUACCAUAUGUUUGCAUCAUAUCAAUUACAGCACUUUAAAUCAUUAUGUAUCUUCACUGGUUUUACUGGCCAAGAAUUACUGUAAUCUGAAACUAAGUACACGAAAACAAUCUUUGGAGAUUUUCACUACACGCAGUUGAAAGACAUAAUUCCUUAUUCCUUCUUGCUGUGCCUACAAUACUUGAGUACAAUAUUACAUGUGGACUGUCUGCCUUAAGCUUUGAUGGUGUAGGACUUUUCAAUAACAGUGAACACUUAACAUUCAACUUUUUGCAUUCCUGUUCAUCAUCCUAUCUUGGGAGCUGAUACUUUGAGAUACGAAGUGCCCUCGGCUGUUACGAGAAUAAGAAUCAAGGACUGAUAGGAACAACUCUGAAUGAAAUUUAGUGUUCUGCAGUACUGUCAGUUUAUUAUGUGUGAUACACCAGACAUCAAACAAUAUAUGUGUGGUUAGAGUUAUCCCUUUUUGACCCUGCCUCCUGAUUAAAUGAGAGGCAAGUAAAUUAAUUGUUAGAGGACAAAUUAACCUAGAGCAACUGUACUGUCAUUUUUGAUGUGCAUGUAAAUAGAGCUUGAAACUGGCGAAGUCAUCUUGCUACAAAAUUACCCUUAUUGGCAGUGUAGAAUGUUAAUUAAUCCAUAGGAAUCUUUGUGCAAAAAUAAACCCAAACAGUUGAGAUGUCUUGUUUUCAGUACGGUAUAGCUUUCUGCUCUGAACGCCUAUUUGAAAAAAAAAAUAAAAAUUAAGGGAUCAUUUUAGUUUCUGAAGUACAAAUAUUCUAGUGUAGGGAAUGUGUGAUUACUUUCCUGUACAUUUCAGAAUUAUGUAUUAAACCUUAUAUAAAAUGGUUUGCUUUAGACUUUGUUCUGAAAUGUGAUAUGUUUGCCAUAGUUGUGUAUGCCUGUUUAUGGCAGAAAUAGGUUUUGCUUAGACUUUUGUGUGUGCAUGUUUUACAUGAAAAUUUUUGUAGCACAAAUACAUCUUAGAAAUUUAAUCAUGGCUGUGCAGUUUGACUGCACAGAACUGAAUCUUUCUCAUUAAGAGAACAGUUGCAAAGGAAUGCACUGGCACUAAAUUUGCCAUUUAAUGGCUGCAGUAUACUAACAGAAUGCAUCCUAUCAAAUGUGGUUUUAGUGGGUCCUUCAAAAUAAUUAAGAAUACCUUUUAAUCAGUAUGAAAAUCAGAAGUUGGUUGUUUACACAUCUAGACAGAGAGAGCUCAGACAAUGUUUUACUAGGCUCCAGUUACUCAAGAGGAGUCACAUCCUGCGUUCAGUAGAGAAACAGAAUUUACUGUGCACUAAAAGUGCCCUUCAGCAUCAGUUACAGCAAGGAAGUUCACAGGCAAAAUUUAGUUUAACAUUGAAAAUAGUUUAAAAAGCAUUGUCAUACUCUCUCUGACAAUAAAAUUAAAUUAUGACAGUUGUUCUCUACAGAAAUUUAAAAUGUAAUCCAGCAAAGUGGGCUUGCAGACCUGCAGAAUCAGAACUUCAAAAAGCUGAGGCCACAGCUUUCAGAAAUGAUCACUACUUAAUACUGACAUUUAUUUCCCAGGUAUUUCUAAAUUCACCAACAAGAGUCAUGUUCAGAGAAGGUGGUGAUCCAAACAGAAGUGUCAGCAUUAAACUUUUCUGUUACAUAAUCUCAAACAUUCAGGUGCCUCAAAAGUGUAGGCACUGUAAUCAGAACACAAGCACAAGCUGCUGAACUAUUUUCAAGGCAGAGAAACUGCAGUUACAGGAUACAUUGAACUGGAAGGGCAUUAUGUAAUCAAAACACAGGAAAGUUCACCGAUGUAAACAAUUAUUAUUUGGAUGGCAUCUUAAGUGUAUUGUUAAAGCAAACUCUAUUAAAACUGGAAAAAAAAUCUUCCACUUAUCUCUAGUAAAUGUUCUGUUGAAACUCUUGGUAUUGUGGUCUAUGAAAGCACCUUUCAGUGACUUUUAGACCAUACCCCAGAAGGUAUUUCAUGUGAGAUCCGUGAAAUUGACUUACAUAUAGUAUAUACAUGGCCAAUGAAGAGCAUCCAUAAAACCUGAAAUAAUCUCAAAUAUUCCUUUUAUACCAGUUUGCUAGGAAUAAAGUGCAAAAAAGAGACACCUACAUCAUUCUGUAGUGUCCAAUACUGAAUAUAAAUUGUUUUUAAGUUAAAAGUGCAUAAAUGUAUUUGUAGAAAUCUAGCCAAAAAAAAGCCAUUCUAGCUAUGAGAGCAAAUUCUCAAAAAAAAGCAGGGAAUGGUUAAUAACUAUAUAAUCACACUAUUUUUAUAAAAUUAUACAGCUCAGAUAUUCAAAAGACAGCCUAAAAUAAAUUAUAAUAAUAUAAAAAUUUAAAUAGGAACCAAAGCAUUGCCAUUUAUAUUGCCAAAGGAGGCACUUUGUAUUUUAAAACAUAGGAAAUUAAGUCCCCAAAAGUGUUAUCCAUACUUUUUUAAAAUUAAGGAUGUAGAUAUUUUCAAAGCUGUUUUUGAUGUUUAACAGUACAGAUUUGUUUUUGUUGUUUGAGAAAUUUGUAGUAACUAAUAGCACAGGCUUUUUUCCAGAUAGGAUUUUCUUCACAGUACUGCUUGCAGUAGAAAUAACGCUAACCCUAGGAGUAGGUGUUUCUCUUCUUAUUUUCAUAUCCGUAAUUAUGUCUUAGCAUCUCAUUUUGUGAAAGAAGAAGAUAAACACCUGUCUCUGGGGCCCUCUUCAUUUAAGCACUACUUUACUAAAUGCAAAUUAUGGCAAUCAGGGCGUCAGUUUAUGUAUUGCCUUUCUAGAACCAUGAUGCCUUUGUAUUUGCUGUUUGCACCCCUAAAAUCAAUUCCAUAUGUUUGAAUGCCAUAUGUUUUGCACAUUGUACUGUAUAUAUGUAAUGCAUACUGUAUUUUUAUAUGUGUACUACAUUUAUCAAAUAUUUUGUACAUAGUGGCAAUAUUGUAGCUACUGAGGAAAUGUUUGAUAUUUCAGCAUUUUUGCUAAGUGUCUCAAAUAAAAAAGGAAAACUGUG